AUGGUUGGGUACGACGUGGUCCAUGGUGGUUGCACAUGGCCUUGGGUUUUGAUUGUGGGUGUUGUGCCUCGUAGGCGUAGUGCAGAGUGCAGACAGUCAGUAGUACUGGAGGUAGAUAGAGACAGAGAGAGCUUUGCCACCAUAUGGAACAUGCGGGGAGUACGGUCAUAUGACGCUGCAUCUUCAAUGUGUUGCAUUGCAUUCAUCGAACAGUCAAAGAUUGAAGACAAGAAGAACGACAAGUGCAAAGCAUCCCUAACUGGUCUGGGUAAAUAUAAUAAAUUAAAAAUGUAA